AUGCGCCUCUUCCUCCUGCCCAUCUCUACGCGUCGGACUCUCAUAUAUUGCCAGCGACUCAACGUUACAACAACAGAGAAACAGAGCUGGCUGGACCGAGGGACUACAAAAGCUGCGAAUCUCUGGGCGGGGUGGGAGAAGAAAGAAAGUGGUUGGCAGAAGAAAGUCGUGGAUUAUGGCAACCAGGCCUUGAAGAGGAUACCCUACGAGGAGUGGGGACUCAAAUCGAUUCCACCACUUUCGAAGCGCAAGGAAGUGGAAGAUUUGUCAGGCAAGGAGAACGUCGAGGUUUCUUUUCCUUCGACGCUGAUACCACAAGAGAGAGUUCUAGAAGUUUUACGGACAUUGGGCACCGAGCGGCAGUCGUUGCAUAAGUCUAGGAUGAUAUACUCCUUUAUUGGAAUGCCGAUAAGUGCGCCGUUUGCGCUCGUACCAAUUGUGCCCAAUCUGCCCUUCUUUUACCUCGUCUUCAGAGCUUGGUCGCAUUGGAGAGCUCUGUCCGGCGCAAAGCAUAUAGAAUUUCUACUAGACAACAAGCUCAUAAAAACUACGCCAUCAAAAGUUCUGGACGAUUUGUAUUCCAAUGGAAGGCAGCCUUUCGAUCCUGCAUUGAUCAAAGGCGCCGAGAAGUCAUCAAAAACAUCGGAUGGAAUAGACUUGGAGGAGAGAAUGGUGUUGCACAAGUCCAACGGGAAGCGAAUUGCGGAAGCUUUGGAGAUCUCAGAGCUGGACCUCGAAUUGGAUAGAGCUGUUUGGCAGGUCGAGAAAGCACUCAGAGAAAAGCACGAGUUGAAGGAAGAAGAACGGGAUCUGAAAGCAGCGAAUAGUAAGCCGACAGAGAAGGAAUGA